AAAGAGUAGGAAUUAUAGAUUCUUAAGAAAAUAUGGAUCAUAAUUUUGACUACCUGUUGCCUACUUGUAUGUUGAGAAGUAGAGCUUUAGGUAACCAUGGAAACAAGACUCAUCAAGAAAAUCAUCUUUUUAAUAUUGAUACUGAUAAUGUUUUUAACGACACUCUGAAAGUACUAGAGUCUGACACAUGUUCCGAGAUAUCUGACAAGUCUUACGCAGAAGCCAGUUAUUAUACGCGCAUGAAAGUUUAUAAAUCACCGUAUUUGGAGAAACAAUUCUGGGCCGAUAAUGAAGACUAUAAAGCACCUUGGGAGCGAAAUCAAGGCUCUCAGUUCGAUAGAAGCUUGCAGCAGUUUCUAGAGUGGCCAGAAAAUUGUAGCGAAAGUGACGAAGAAGACGUGUUUACUUCGAACUUUAAUGAUACAGUGCGGCUGAAGCAUAGGCCUGUUGAAAGAAAAAGACGUUCAUCAAAAAGCCGUAUGGUGAAUCAAAAAAGGAUGGUUAUUCCGAAACUUGCGGUUAAUUCAGAUACGGUGCAUUCGUCGGAUAGUGAUAACAGUAUAGAUGAUGUUGGAAUGCAUUUACUUCAUCUGAAAUCAGUACACCGUUUGAAUAACAAACAUAUUGAAAAUGUUAUUGAACGCAAAGUGCCAAAAUGCAACAAGUCAGUAGAUUCCGAUUCAGACUACCGGACUUGUUCUGACACCAGCAGCUGCGAUAAAAUUGAUCUUACUUUCUCUGCACAUGAUGUUUAUAAUGAAUCUGAUUUCAAAUCGUUAAAAUAUUUAACUGCUUCUAUAGUGCACAAAUCAGAUGAUAUAUUUGUCAGACUGUCACAGAGUACAAUUUUAAAUGAGUUUAAUCAUAAAACAACAAAGGGAGUUAAUAAAAAAUCAAGGACAGGGGUGGUAACUCAUGAAAAUACAAAACUUGUGAGGACAUUAGGGAAAAAGGAAGGCGAGUUGGAAAACUUUAGAGAUCUUCUUGAGAAAGCCCAGAACUCCCUUACCAAAAGUCAAGAAGUUGUUGAGGAUCUGGAAGAGCGGUUACAGGCAGAGAGGUGUAAGUGUAAAGAAAGGGCCGGACAGAAGCAGAGAGUUGUUGAUAAUGAUGACACAUCCAGACUGCGUCACCAGCUUGCUGACCUACAGAUUCAGCUGGAGGAACAGGAAAAGCUGUACCAGUCUAAAUGUAAAGAAUUGGACAUGGUAGCACACAAGCUCAAUAUCAAGGUGACCACACAAUCAGACAACACGGAUCAUUCUGAUAUGUUACAAAAGAUAAUGGGAGAGUUACAACAUCUGAAGGGAGCUGUGGAAGGGGAGAGACAUUUACACAUAGAUAUUAAUUCUACACAUACUUCACCAAACAAAGAUGUUCCCAACUCAUGCGACCUUGAUGUAGUAAGACCUGGGCCUACUAACAAUCGCGCCUCUGUGGGUGGUAAAAAUGGCAGCCAUGUUCCUGUGUUAACCAAAUCUGCAACUUCAGAUGAGUGUGAGUCUCUGCGGAAACAAGUAGCGGACCUAAAGGCGCAAGUUCAUCAUCUACAGAACAUGUUGAAAGCCACUGAGGAAACAGUACAUCGCCAAACGCAAAAAAUGAAACAUUACAGAAAUAUGCUGAUUGAGAAUGGACUGUUAUCUAGGUCAAGGUCAAACAGCGUAUCUGAUCUCCCUAGUGCCCGCGCUAACCGAUCAAUGACGAGAAAGAUGUCGGCAGACUCAAUAUCUCCGAGAGGAAGAAGUUUGUCACCGACCCACGUUGGUAGGAGACAGCCUGAGAAUUCGGAGGAAUUUGAAAAACUUGUCAAGAACAAUAUUAAGCUGAAGGAGCAGGUAGAAGGAUACCGACGUGUAUUGAAGGUGUUCCAGAGUAGAAGUCCGAGCCCGAAUGACGAGCUCGACAAAAGUAAUGAGAAAAUCUCGGACGAUGCGGAUACUGCUCCCAUGAGCUUUGAGAGUGCUUCUUGUGUUCUGAAGAGCUGGUUUGAGAUGUUGGACAAGUAUCUGGUCGAGCGAAGUGAAUCCCAGCUUCCGGCAUCAAGUAUAGAGGUUUCUCGGUUACGACGUGGUCUGGUGCAAGCUAGAGAUGCUCUUAGGUCCAUGUCUUGUUCAGCUUUAGAUCAAGAUAAACUCAGUGAAGGAAGAUUGUCACCAGAUAGUGGCUGCUCAGAUAAUCCAACUAGUGCUCAAAACACGUUAAAGGAAUCUCCUUCAAGCAGUCCCAAAAACAGGAAAUCAACCAGUCCACAAUUUACAGUAACCAGUCCAGACAGAGUUGCUAGACUGGUACAAAAUGAGAGUCAGUCUAGAGAAACGUACAGACACGGAAGUGUGAUCCCAAGUAUGGGAAAUAUGAGCAUGUUUAGUCAUAUAGACCCCAACACUAAUGACACAAGUGUUUUCAGUACGGCCUCUGUAAAAUCAAAGGCUUCUGAUCUCCUGAGACCGGAACUUACUUCACCGCCAACAUUGCCAAACUUAAGUCCAAGAGGAAAUAGUUCUGUCAACCAACCGAAACAUUUGCAUAAUAAACAUUUGAAUAUCGACCAAUGGGAGCAAAGCUUUAUGCCAAAGUUACUAGAUGAGUCAUCCCUGGCUGAUAUAACAAACUUAGGACAGCAGUCGUUGAUUCGAUUUGAAGAUAUUUCUUUGUUGGACAUUACAUCGCAAGAUAAUCAGCAUAACAAAACCUGUAUGGCGGAUAUGAAGGAACAGAUUAAAACACUGGAAGAUAUUAUAAAUAAGUACGAGAUUCAGAUACGUCAGAAGUCUCAACCGGAUAUGGACUCGUUACAACAGCAGCUUGCGGAGUUACGGCACUUGAGAAUUCAAUUAGAGAAGGCCCUGGCAUGGAACGCGGCGUUAGAGAAACAGUUGAUAGAGCUAUAUAAUAGUUCCGAGUGUACCAUACAUGAACUCAGAUCUAAACUGGAAGACAGUGAACAUUGUGUCCUAGAAAAGGUUAAGAUUAUCACAGAGAAGGAGAAGAUUAUCUCCGAAACUCGAAUAUCUCUUGGCCAAUUUAAGGAUAACUCUAGCAAGGCUCAUGAGAGAGUUAAGUCCCUUGAAGAUAUGUGUGCACAGUUGAGAAAUGCUGUGGAGCAGUAUCAGAAAAGAUGUUCCAAGCUGCAGGAAGACAAUAAAUCUCAUAUGGAAGCUGUAUCUAGAUACCAGACGAGGGUCAAGGACUUGGAGAAAGAUGCUGUAACUAGGUCAGAGCAGAGGUCACAGGCCGAGGCCUUGAGGUCACGUAUUGAUGAACUAGAGAGUGAGGUAGAAAGGAGGCAAGAAAAUGAGCUCACAUACAAGAAAUAUCUAGAACAGACUAGAUCACAGGUGACCAAACUAACUGGCGAGCUUGAUGAGACGAGAGCGGAGAUGGACAAAAGUAAUUCUGAACUGUACAAUGUUAAGAUGGAAUUGGAAAACCUGCGAGAUGUUGUAGAAGAGCAGAACCAACAGUUAGGUGACAAGACGACCCUUAUAGACAAACUACAGACAGAUAUGAAGGUGAAGGACAUUUGCCUGAAUGAGCAAGACGCCCUCUGUCAGGAUCUGACUUCAAAACUAGAGUGUGUAACAGCAUCCGGCAGUAAAUUGUCGAGUCAACUGGAUCAACACCGUCAAACUUGUGCUAGUUACAAGAAACAGAUCGAGGAACAGGACGCAGUCACCCAGGAUCUGAAAGACCAAGUAGAUCAGCUUAGAGAUAAACUUGCUCAAUCAAUGCAACAAAGAGAAUCUCAAGAUAAGUUAUUGCAGGAGAAAGAUGAUAUGUUGAAGGAGACAACAAAAUUAAAUGAGAAAUACGUUUAUAACCUUAAAGUUCGUUACAAACAGUGUCUCAAUUACAAGAAAGAGCUAGCUGAGACAAAGAAGAAGUGCGAGGAUACAAGUGUGUUAAAUAACACACUACAGACAGAACUUUCUGUGAGACAACAACUGAUGGAGAACCAGGGUGACAUGUUGACGGAUGAUGACAAGCAUAAGAUGAUCCAGCAACUGUUGAACGAGCUUCGACUAGCCAGUUUACAGAUGACGAAGAUUCUACAACAGAACGAGAACAUUAAACAGAAAAUGACCGAACUUAUAGAGCAUAAAAAACAAGAAUUAAACAGGAUAGGUGGAGAUAAACCCGGGGGUCGUAAAAGCAGCGAAAGUGUGGAUAGACUUAGCUUUGAAGAUACGGGAGAUGACAGCUUUGGUAGUAAUCAGACAUGGCCACUGUAUGACGACCUUACUGAUGGUUUACCACGCACCGAUAAUCUCUCGUCUAGUCUGCCACUAGGAUCGAGGAAGAGUGGUUCUCGACAUCAGGAAGACAAAAACCCAUUGGAGCCUUACCUGAUUAAACAGACAUUAAAAGAGGUACCAGCAGGGGGUUCGGGGAAUCAGUUCAGUGUGCCGGGACCGAUAUACAAACAGGGCAUUACCGAUGACUGUCUCAUGUAUAACGUGAAUGACUCUCCGAAAUAUUUACAAGGUUUGACACAGGUAAAGAUUGACUCAGACAUGAGGUCAUUGUUUGCAAUAGGUAUGAUCGAUCAUUUUGAGAAGCUACGCAAAGAAACAAACGAGAGCAGCGUGAUAUUGAAGGGUUUAUCUACACGAGUCACUGAACGUCUCAAGGUGUUCAAUACCAUGCCGGCACUUGAGAGUAAAGAAUAUGGUAUAAUGAAGGAGAUAUCCUAUGCUGUGGAGAAUCUGCGUAUCUGUUGUGACAGUCAGCUCUCUCUAGUCGGCUUCUUCUGGACGAGUGAACUACCGUGUCCGAACGAGCGCGGGGAGUUUGUAAACCAGAAGCUCUUGGAUCGGAAUGCUUUGUUGAGGGAAGAAGUGAGCAGAUUGAGGGAGAAGUUAAAUAAAGACAGCAAUGGUCUGCAGAGAAGUGAGGACAUGAUCUGUGAAAGAUUGGAAUCUACAUUAAAUGUAAUUUCCCAUGCUAGACACAAUUUGGAGCACCGCCAACAACAGCAUCGACCAAACAGCCCUUAUAGGAGCCCGUCUCGUAGUCCCCGCAAAUAAUCUCUCCCACCAAAAAAUGUAAAUAUUGUGAAGUGAGACGGAUUAAGAUGUGUCCUUAGGAUCCAAAAGUUGUUAUAGCCGAGGGGAUAAAGAUGUGUAACUUGUGAAAAACUGACAUUACUGGUCUUCCAUAUUUCUCUAAUUUGCUAAUGUGCCAAUAAAGAAGGUUGAAAUAUUUAAUAUAUGAAGACAAUUGGAAGAUGAUUAUUUAAAAUGGUGAUUUCAGCAUCUCUACAGGCAGAAAAUCUUUGAUAGUAGUGCUUUACUGUUGCAAAAAAAAUGUAUAUCCAACUUAUGAAGGAUUACAGAUUGAUGUUGAAAAGAAUUUGGAACACUUUAGCUUUAUAUUGAUAGGAAACAUGUUGAUAAUUCUAUUUAUAACCAUAGAAGGUGAUAAGUAGAGUAAAAUACUAAGGUUGAAUUGAUAAAAGGAUAAAAAGUGAAGUUUAGAUCUAUGUAGCUAAAUUGUGAUAAUGACAUGAACCUCAUGUUCUCAUCUAUAAGUCACAUUUUUUAAGUCAAAAAGUGAGUAAGGAAAAAGGGGGAGCGACUUAUAAGAGGUUCAUAUCUUUUUUUUGGCGCAUUUAUAUUGUGGAUUAUGAAAAAUUGAAUUGUGAUAUAUUGUAUGUGUGUGUAUAUAUAUAUAUGUAUGUAUAUUUAUAAAAUGUUGUAGUGCUUAUAAACCUUUUUGCCAACAGUUCAUGAUAUUAUAAUGUAAAUAAAUCAUCAUUUUGUUUUCAUAGUAAUGUCUUCCACCGACUGACUGAUGCCAAAAUUUUCUUGCACUUAAUGUUUUUUCUACAUUUUUUGUCACAUAUGUUACUUUGUUCAUAUAUUGUUAAUUUUGUACAGAAGUAUUUUGAAAGGUUCUUAUAAAUUUGCCUACUCAAAUUUUAUAGAAUGGCCUAAAUACAACUUUAAAAAAAAUGUUUAUAAGUAAAAAGCCUAAUAUUGGUAAUUGCCUCAUAUAUUCAUUUUACAUAAUUGUGGUACAGCAUUGUCUUCCAUAAAGAUUUUUUAUAAAAUUUUCACAUAGGGACUACCUGUUGCUCAAAUAUAGAUAGGAGAAAGAGUUAGAAAAUAGAUUGUCUCGCCAUGUUAAAGGGUUUUAAGCUAGAUGAGGCUAUUUGCAUUCUGUCAUCCAUUUUGUUUAUAUUUUGAUUUAAAUCAUACCUUUACUUUAUACAGCGUAAGGAUAACAUUUGUUAAAUUGUGAUCAUGCGGGUAGGAAAGAUGCAAAAUCAUAUAUCACUCAACCCACUAAAAACAGCAGUACAAUAUUUUGUUAGGGAACUGUAUAAUCUGUACUCAGUAAGGGAAUUUUUUCUCUUACAUAAUUCACAAGUGUUAACAGAAAACCACCACCAGAUAUGUACCGUUUUAUUUUGUGUAUGCUUUUUGUUUCUUUUUUAAAUUUAAUAGAUCUUUUUUCCUUUUAUAGUUUAAAACCCUUUAACAUUGCAUUUAUAUCUUCAUCAAAUAGAUAAUGACAAAGUUCAUUGUACAUAAACCAUUCAGGUCAUUGUUAUAAAUUAAAGUUGGUCAUUCCUGACAGUCUCGACAUUUUUAAAGAGUUCUGUUGGAAUAAAGACCCUAUGGUGCUUCACUGUAUUCAUGUAUUUACCUAUGACAUUAAUCAGUAAAACCCAUUGUGUGUCAUAUUUAAAGUAACACACCUCCAAAUUGCAAAUUUUGUAACCAAGGACGUCAUGCGUUUUAAGAAUAAGACAUUCAACCAUUUUUGCACCAAGCCUAUGAUUGAAUGCACGCUGCUUUUUGAGCUGAAUCAGACAACGUAAUGCAAUAUUAGUACCUGAAACUAUUUUGCUCCGACUAUUUCAAUAUCCUUUACAUAGAAAGUUAGCUCAAAGCUACCAUUUUAUAAGCAAAUUUAUUUAGAAAAUACAUUGCAAGCUUUGGAUUUAUUUAAUAUGUUUAAACCAGUUUGCCCUGCAAAGUUCCCUACCAUAAUUUCCCCUUAAAGUACCCCAUUUCCCAUUUUCAUGCCCUUCAAAGUACCCCACCAUUAUUGCCCAUCAAAGUACCCCACCAUAAUUGCCCCCCUUAAGACAGCUUCAUUUUGUAAAUACAUUGCUUUAUUUAUAUAUUUCUUACAUGCAUUUCAUCAGCCACCUUUCUUACCCCUCCUAUUAACUCAUUUCUUGUAUAAAAAUGCUAAUCAAGUUUUGUAAUGUUUUUGCCUGGUUUCGUCCUCUUUGUGAAUAUUUUCAUUUAUUUCAUUGCUUAAAUUGUUUCAUUUUUCACGAUAACUGACAUUCUGUUUAAAAAAUGUUUGAUGAAGUGAAAAAAAAGGGAGUAUAAA